AUGGUAGGUAGUUCAUCUAGGCGUCGAACCAAAAAGUACAUCAACAGGGAUCGUGAAGGUGCUCUUCAACGACUUGUGGCUGAUUAUUUUGCAGAAGAGCCUCUAUAUUCUGAUGCAAUAUUUCGUAGAAGAUUUUGGAUGAGAAGGCAUGUUUUUCUACGCAUUGUGGAUGCCCUGGGCAGUUGGUCUCCCUAUUUCACUCAAAGGGUAGACUGUACUGAUCGCCCGGGGCUUUCACCACUGCAAAAGUGCACAGCAGCAAUCCGUAUGCUUGCAUAUGGGACUGCAGCUGACAUGCUUGAUGAGUACUUAAAGGUUGCAGAGAGCACUGCCCUUGAGUGCUUGGAAAAAUUUGUGCAAGGGGUGGUUGAAGUUUUCGGCUCCAAGUACCUUCGAUGUCCUACAGCUGAAGACAUGGAGCGUCUGCUCCAAGUUGGAGAGUCUCGUGGAUUCCCUGGAAUGUUGGGUAGUAUUGACUGCAUGCAUUGGCGAUGGGAAAAUUGUCCAACAGCAUGGAAGGGGCAAUAUACCACUGGUCGCUAUGGAUUCCCAACCAUGAUCCUUGAAGCGGUAGCUUCACAUGACCUCCAUAUUUGGCAUGCAUUCUUUGGUGUUGCUGGGUCUAAUAAUGACAUCAACGUGCUUAAUCAGUCCCCUUUGUUUCUUGAGGCGAUAAAGGGUGAAGCUCCUCGGAUUCAGUAUUCUGUCAAUGGUAGGCAAUACAACACUGGUUAUUACCUAGCCAAUGGAAUUUACCCAGAAUGGGCAGCCUUUGUGAAGUCUAUAAAUUCACCUCAACUAGACAAGCACAAGGUGUAUGCAGCAGAACAAGAAGGUGCAAGGAAAGAUGUGGAGCGUGCUUUUGGCGUUCUGCAAGCUCGCUACAACAUUGUGCGUCGUACAGCACGAUCUUGGAGCACAAGGAUUAUUGGACUGAUCAUGAAAGCUUGUGUUAUUCUCCACAACAUGAUAGUGGAAGAUGAGGGAUAA